AUGUCUUCAUCUGCCAAGCCAACCUAUGGCGGCUACAACAAGAAUGCCCCACUCCCAGGUCUCGAGAUCCUGUACAAGCACAAGCUCCAGAACACACCGGGCAAGAGCAUCCUCGGACUGAGAGUCGACUUCCCACCCGGAGGCGACACACCACCACAUAGUCACCAUGGCGCUUCAGUCUCGGUCGUGGUCCUCGCGGGAAAGGUGUUCAACAAGAUGAAUGACGAGCCGAUUGAGAUCUUCGAGACGAAUGGCAGCUUCUAUGAGUCUCCGACUUGUAAGCACAAGGUCAGUGCCAAUGUGUCGGACUCGGAGCCGGCGACGAUCUUGGCGACUAUGAUCAUGGAGACGGAGAAGCUGGAGAAGUUGUUGGAGAAUGGGCCGUUUGGGUUGGUAGAUGUGGAGGAGGAGUAUCGUUAG